AUUUAGAGAUUGAGAAGCGCAGCAAUGUCAACCAAUUGAUGAUGCGCCUUGUUGGGAAACCAAAGUAUGCACACUAUCAUGUUAUUUUGCAGUCUAAUGCAAAAAUCUAACUGCUUAACAGAUCUCAUAUCCUUGAAAAGCCAAUGCACCGUUGAUCAUCACCGACACCGCAACGAAAUUAUCACUUUAAAUCAAACGGGAAAAAGACAAAAAGCAAUAGCCUUAUCCACCAUAAUCCAAAAUGUCCAAAAUCCGACCAACCCUCCGCAAGGCUACCUCCCUCCUCCGCCAUCUGAACUUCCCUCACCGAGCGCACUCCACCUCCGUCUCCGCCGAUGAGCUAUCUCACUUCUCCUCCCUCGCCAGCAGCUGGUGGGAUCCCAUGGGCCCCAGCCGGGUCCUCCAUCUCAUGAACCCCCUCCGCCAUGACUUCAUCGCAUCCUGUCUAUUCGACAGCCUCCCACCACCACGCGCCAGCGCACCCGAAACCUCCACCCCAACCCCAGUCAACAACCUCCGUUACCUCGACGUCGGCUGCGGCGGUGGCAUCUUCGCCGAAUCCUUGGCCCGCACGAUCCCCACGAACGCCAACAGCCCCUCUCAAACAGUCACCCAAGCAGCCUCCAUAACCGCCAUCGACCCAACCUCAGCGCUCAUCAAAAUCGCCCGCGACCAUGCUCGCGUGGACCCCAAAGUCGAAACGCACCUCCGCGACGGCAAAUUCACUUACAAGAACUGCACGCUGGAGGACGUCGUCGCAUCACUGCGUGAGACGCCCGAGGAUGAGAAAUUCGACAUAGUCACCCUCUUUGAGGUUCUCGAGCAUGUCGACUCCAAUGCCACUUCGUCGCCUCUUGCUUUUCUGACGAAUUGUCUUCGGGUUCUUCGUCCUGGUGGAUGGUUGGUUGGGUCGACUAUUGCGCGCACUUUCCCCUCGUUUCUCGUCAACCAGGUCAUUGCUGAGGCGCCGUGGCCGAUUGGUGUUGUGCCGAAGGGGACGCACGAGUGGAGCAAGUUUGUUAAUCCCGAUGAGCUGUAUGCUUGGGCUCAGGAGGGCCUGAUGCGGAGUCAGGAUGGAACGGCGCUGCGUGCUGGAGGUGAUGCAUUGCAAGGUAUGAGGUGGAAGUGCUCUGGAGUGAUGUAUUUCCCUGGUAUAGGCUGGAAGUUGGUUCCUGGAUCGGAGUACUGGGGAAACUAUUUCUGGGCUAUCAGGAAGGGGCUUUGAGUGAGUACUUCGAUCUUUUUUCCGUUCAGCUAGGUUAUGGGUUAUAGUAAGGUGCAUCUGAGCCUUGUAAAACAGUAUUAUUGUGUGUGU